AUGUCCACCAACCCCAACCACCCCGACCUCCACAAAACGCUCUUCGAAGAAGGCCUCAAAGUCCGCCGCGCCGUCGUCGGCGACGACUACGUCGACCGCGCCCUGGCCAACGGCUCGACCGAAUUCUCGCGACCCGGCCAGGAACUCAUCACAGAAUUCUGCUGGGGGUACGCAUGGACCCGGCCCGGGCUGGACCGCAAGCACCGCAGCCUGAUCAACAUCGGCAUGCUGAUGGCGCUGAACCGCUCGCCGGAGCUGGCGGUGCAUAUCCGGGGUGCGAUCCGCAAUGGGUUGACGGAGGUCGAGAUCCGUGAGGCCAUUCUGCAUGCGACGACGUAUGUGGGUGUCCCUGCGGGUGUGGAGGCGAUGAAGGUCGCUGAGCCUAUAACAGUGGACAAUAUCACAGCAAUUGAUUCAAUGACCAAUCUAAUCGAUGAUGUUUGUAAAACACUGGCAGAGCAAGAUAGAGCAGCCGACCCCACGUGUUCCCCGGACUUCUCCACGCCAAGAACCCCGGAUCAACAAUUCAACCAUCUCAUUACAGACUUACAACACGCAGGAGAAGCCGUUUGGCUGUCGCCAGUGCCAGCAGCGAUUCACCAGGAGCGCCUGUCUCAUACAGACUCGAGCUCGCAGACCUAUUCUGAUAGACCUCGUCGAGGCAGGAAGAGGACCGCCCAGGCCGCUGGCAUCGACGAGCAGGAUGCCAUCCUGCCGCCUGUCAGCUUCGAGCCUGCGCAUCCAGCACCGCUGACGGAUAGCAAUGAAAUGCCUCUGGCGACGCUGUCCCUGGCUGCUGAGCAUGCUGCCUUGCAGGGCAUCAUGACGUCUGAACCAGACACCCGCGAUAUGCCAGCCGACGUCAAUGUGCCAUUGCCAUUUGCUGACCGACCCGAUCUGCCGGACGGCGACUCCCUCGACAGUCUGGCGGCUUUCCUAGACACCGGCCUGGCGUCGCACCACUUUUCCUCCUUCAUCAGCGCCGAGCAGCCCAUCCCGUUCUUCUCGCCCGAGUCCGCCGUCCCUGGCCCGGAGUCGGCGUCGGACAACCAGCAACAACAGCAGCAACAGCAGCAUCGCCCCGCGCCCAGCUUUGCCGAAGAAUCCAGCUCCUUUUCGCGCUUUGGCUCCCGUCUGCCGUCGCUGCAGCCGGAGGAGUCUCCGUCCCAGCGCGAGCAGACGUCGCGAAAGCCGUUGUCGGACAUCUCCGUCGAAGACCGACAGUUAAUGGCCGCCAAACUGCAGGAGUUUGCCUCAGUCGUGCCGCCGGGCUUCCAGCUGCCGUCCCGGCUGGCCCUGUCGCGGUAUCUGGCUGGCUACAUCAACGGCUUCCACGAGCACAUGCCGUGCCUGCACGUGCAGACCAUGUCGGUGCGCAGCUGCUCGAUCGAGCUGCUGCUGGCCAUGGCCGCCGUCGGCACGCAGUACUGCUUCGAGGGUGAGAAGGGCGUCGAGCUCUUCCACGUCAGCCAGGAGAUUGCCAUGCGCCGGAUCCGACGACGGGACGCGCGUGCGGCUCAGCUGGCAGAGUCGAGUCUGCAAUCCAGCCCGCAGGGUAAUAAUACUACACAGCGAAGUCCAUCCAUGCCCGGCCCUUUGGGCCUGCCCCCCGAGCCCGGGCCCGCAGAAGAUCUCAUGCAGACCGCCCAAGCGCUGUUCCUGCUGAUGGCCAUGGCCACCUGGGCCAAACACAAGGAGAUCCUGCGCGAGGCUCUGGCGAUCCAGAGCAUCCUGGCCACGCUGGUGCGCGAGGACGGGCUGAAGAUGGAACCGCUGGGCGACGACGUGUCGUGGGAGGAGUGGAUCCGGCACGAGACGGUCAAGCGGACCAAGUUCAUCGUCUUCUGCUUCUUCAACCUGCACUGCAUCGUCUACAACAUCCCGUCGCUGAUCCUGAGCUCGGAGAUCCACCUGCCGCUGCCCUGCAGCGCGGCCGAAUUCAAGGCGCCCACGGCGGCGAGAUGGCGCGAGGCUCGAAAACGGAGCCAUCUGCCCGAGCCCGACUUCCAAACCGCCUUCCAUCGCCUGUUUGACCGGUCAGCGAGAAAGGACGGCAUGGAAAGCAGCUCGUGCUCGUCGUUGGGGAACUACGUGCUCAUCCACGCGCUGAUCCAGCACAUUUUCUUCGUGCGUCAGAUCGCCCGGUGUCGCAACAGCCAUCAUCAAGAUGACCCGGACGAGAUGAGCGCGCUGGAACAGGCGCUGCGCAACUGGCAGCUGGGCUGGAAGCAGAACCCAGAGUCGUCGCUCGACCCGCUGGACCCCAAUGGCCCUGUGGCAUUCAACUCGACGGCGCUGCUGCGUCUGGCGUACAUCCGGCUGAACAACAUCGACAUAGGACCGGGCCACGCCCUAGCAACGCGCGACCCGAUCCAGAUCGCGCACUCGUUCCGCGAGAGCCCAGCAACGGGGCUCCGGCGGACGCGCAAGCUCGUCCGGGCAGUGCUGCACUCGGCGCACGCGCUCAGCAUCCCCGUCAAGAUCGGCAUCCGGCUCGUGGCGCGCACGCAAACCUUCACCUGGUCGAUCCAGCACUCGCUGUGCUCACUCGAGUGCGCGUUCCUGCUGUGCAAGUGGCUGGAGGCGCUGGCGCUGCCGGACCCACAGCCCGAGGUGUCCGAGGACGAGCGCCGCAUCUGCUGGCUGGUCAAGACGAUGCUGGACGAGACCGAGUAUGGCGUCAAAUGCGAGGAUGAGCGCUCGCUGCAGGCGCCCGGUACGCUGAAGCAGCUGAGCGCGGGCGUGCUGCGCGUGUGGGCGCAGAUCUUCAAGGGCGCGCAGACGUGGGCCAUUGUCGAUAUUAUCGGGACGGCGCUGAACAUUUACGCUGAUAUGCUGGAUGCAGAUGGCAGCCGCAAUAGCCAGUAG